GGGUGGUGGCCCCGGGAGCUUCCACCUGAGUGGGUGGUGGGGUUCUGGGGCGCUGCUAUGGAGGGGUGUAGCGAGCCACAGCUGGAUGCUAAGGCCAAGGUCACCAACCAGCUAAUAGAUUUUCAGUGGAAGCUGGGUAUGGCUGUGAGCUCAGACAGCUGCAGAUCACUUAAGUAUCCUUACGUUGCAGUGAUGCUCAAAGUGGCAGAUCAUUCAGGCCAAGUAAAGAACAAGUCCUUCGAAAUGACAAUUCCACAGUUUCAGACACUUGGGUUGUUUCCAUACCUUGCUAUUGUGAGUAAUGCUGCACUGAAUGUGGGAGUGCAGAUAACUUUUUGAGAAUUUCUACAGACAGUUCAAGGAAAUUGCUGCAGUUAUUGAAACUGUGUGAAAACUGAUUACUUUGUUGAUGAAUUGCUACCAUCAUUCUAAAAUCAUGAACUUUACUUUCUGCAACAAAACUGCCUAAGGAUCAAAUGAUAUUUAUUGAAUGAAAAUUAUACUUUUGAUUUUCCAUUUUUUUAAAUAAUAAAAAAGAAAAUCAGACAAACAGGAAUUACAAAGUGGUGAUCGCUGCACACUUUGUGAAUAUACUAAGAGCAACUGAAUUGGAAACUUUAAAGAGUGAAGAACUCUGUGGUAUGUGUAUUAUAUCUUAAUGAAAAAUAAAUCAGACAAACAGUUGAAUGAUAUUAAAAGCAGCACAAGUUUAUGUAUUAGACCAAUAGUUUUAAAAAAUACUGGUAAUGUUACCCAUUUUAUAAACAAACUCUUCCUUUUUGGCAUUCA